AUGCGUCGGAUAAUAGUCAUAAAUCAGGCCAGAUUCUUGAGUCGAUCAUUGGCUAGAAGGGCUGAACCUGAAUUGGAAAAACAGAAAGUUGAAGAGGAAACGUUACCUAUUGAAAAGAAAUCUAUUGUCAGAGGCUUGGCAUUGAACAGAGUUGAUGAUGUAAGGGUUUCAAAUUGUUUAAGAGGUUUUAAACUUUGAUUUUUAUUAAAAUUGCAGUUAAAAAUAUGUUUUCCACUUUUCCAAAUAUGUUUUCCAAUUCCAAGGAUUUUUUAGUAGAAAAAAUAUUAAAAUUGGAUGGUUUUUUUAGGAGAAUAGGUAAUAUUUUUGUAUUUUGUAUAGGGAGCAGGGACGUUGCAAGGGGAAGGUGAAUCGGGAUGGAUACACUCUCUCUAGAAAAAAUCUGUAGCAACGUCUUUGAUAGAGAUGGUUGACCUUUAUGAACAUUUUUAAGGUAAAUUUUGUGUUUAGAACUAUUUGGUAUUCCCAGACUAUGAUGAUGAUGCCGAACUUGAACAUGUUCGAAAUUACCUUGGCAAGCUUGGAGAUUCAAUCGACUCUGCUUGUGAGUUUAAUAUUGACUUUAUUUUGAAAUUUUAUGAAAUUAUUAUCUAAAAGGCACCCCUAUACUUACCUUUACUUCUACCUCUAUUCUUACCUCCAUUUUGAUCUUAUCUCUAUUUCUGACUUUACCCUUACCCUACGUCAACCCCUACCCUACUCGUACUUUUAACCUUGUCUCUAGUUUUAUUCUUAUCUUUACUUCUACCAUUGCGUCUACGUUUACCCUUACCCUAUGCCCCUAUCACUACUCCUACACUUACUCCUCAGCUUAGACUGCCCUUUUAUCAAGCCUUUUAUUCCUAGACUAGUUCUACUCUUACUCCUACUCAUAAACUUACCCCCGCUAUUUCUAUUCUUACUCUAGACCUUUACUAUAGCUUAUCUUAUCGAAAAUUUUUUUAUCCUAUGUUAUAUUCUUAAAAUGAAAAUUUUUAUUAAAAAAUAAAGUAACAAGUAAAAAAUUUCGUCUUUCAGUGAAAGUAAAAGACGAAUCCAAACGAAAAUCAGCGAUAAACGAAUGCCUGAAGGCGAACUCAGUGAAUGCUCUAGGAAUCUCAACGUUAUUUGGUGGUCUCAACGCUUCAAAGAAGGAUCAAGUACAACUAAAUGAACUAAUUGGAGCUAAAGACUUGGCUUUGACAGUUCGAAUCAACAACGACCAUCUCGUCGCUCAACUCAUCCAAAACUAUGGCACCAUCGAACAGAAAGAAAAGUUCUUGCCGUUGUUGGCCAGUGGAGAGGUUAAUAUUGCUUUGUGCUUUUUGGAUGACAAGUAGGUUUGAGUUUGUUUGGAGGGGUGGAUUUUUUAUUUAGGAGUGGAUUUGCUAUGUAGGGGGUGGAUUUUAUGACAAGAGGAAUCAAUUGUAUGGCAAGGGGGUGGAAUUUUAUAGUAAGGGGGUGGAUUUUAUAGCAAGGGGGUGGAUUUUAUGGGUACGGGGUGGAUUUUAUAGUAAUGGUGUUCAUUUUAUGAAAUAGGGGAGAUUUUGUGGCAAGGGGGUAGAUUUUAUGGCUAUGGGAUGGAGUUUAUUGGUUGUUUGGUGACAAGUGGGGGGGGGGGAUAAAUUUUAAGACAAGGGGGUAGGUUUUAUGGGUAGGUGGUGGAUUUUUUGGGAAGGGCGUAAAUUUUAUGAAUAGGAGGUGGGUUUUAUGAUAAGGGGGUGGAUUUUAUAGCAAGUGGGUAGUUUUUAAAACGUUAGGGUGAAUUUUGUGAAAUUUUUUCAAAAAAUUUUAAAAUUAUAACAAAAAUAGCUGAAAAAAUUUUAAAAAAUAAAAAAAUUGAAAUAAAAACUUUAAUUUCGAUUACUUUAGCAAUGCCACUUCGACAAACACAAAAGUUGUACUGGAGCCUACCAAAAAGGGUUUACUGAACGGAAAGAAGCAAAAUGUGAUUGAAGCCGAGAAAGCCGACUACUUUUUGGUCGUAGCCAGAACUCAGCUUGUCACUUCUGUAAGUUUUAUUUUUACUACAAAUCUUUUGGUCAUAAAAUACAUGGAAAUGGGAUUUUUAGUCGGAAAAUUCAUAGAAAUCGAUUUGUGGUCAAAAUAAUAUGAACAACGAGUAAUUCUCAAAUAGAGUUUAUUUGCAAACUUACAAGGAAGGUACCCGACCUGCAACGCUCAGAUUUCAUUCAAACUUUUUUUAUUGAAAGGUCACGUAAAUUUAAGAUGUUAUGCAAAAUUCUAAGUUGCGGUUUGCGGCCAGUCUUGAGAAAAUCGAGAUCGAAAAAUCGCGUUUUGAAUUUCCCAAAAAAUUGGCAUUAUGUUUCAAGCUUAUAACUUUGCCAUUUUUUGACUUUUAAUCAUUUUUCUUUAAUAUUCUAGUAAAAAACCUUUAAAUGAACCUACAUUUUUAAAUUUGUAAGCAUAGCUUGGCUGGAAAGUCGAAAAAAGUGCUUGAAACACAAUGCCAAAUUUGCCAAAUUGGAAAUUUAAAUAUUUAAAAUUUAAAACUCAAAAGCGCAAGCUAAAAUUUUUCAUAGGUACUAUUGGUACUACAAAGAAUCCGUAUAAAAAUUUUGAGCUGAUUCUGAGAGUUGCAGGUUGGGUACUUUCCCUGUUAGCAAAAAAAUGUCAAAAUAGACACAAUACAAUAACAUGAACGGUGGUCAACCUGUUCUCAGGAUAACAAUCCUAACGAGUCACAAAUAGAGGCCAAAAAGGGGCCUUUACAAUAUAAUCAUCCCUUGCCAGGACGGCUAAGGACCAAAGAAAGACGAAAACAAUAAGAGUUCUAAAGGAACUCGAUAAGCUGAAGUCGGGCGCACCCGAACAAGAAUGUCGGGCGCAGCCGAAAGAAGACAAAAAUAAAUAAUUUAGAUCAAAAGAGAUCGUUUCGACGAUUCGCAUCGUCAGUCGCUGGAGAUGCGACACUGGGGCCGGAGAAAGGUUCAGGCGGCUUGAAGGCCGGACGGUCCGGGAUUCUAGUCAUUGUCGUCGUCCUGACGAUGCUUGUGGUGGUGUUGUGGUUCGUCGUCAAGGGACGGUGAAUUGCCUCCAAAUGCCCGCAUGUGCUCGGACUGGACCUCGAUUGUGGGUCGGGGUUCAGUCAGUCCACAAACUGCUUUCUGGAUCUUCCACAGACCGUACAAACUUUCGGCAUUUCUGUCGAUCCAAUGCUCAGGAACCAUUUCAGGGUCAAUCAUACGUAUAUGGACGUAGGGGAGAGCGUCUUCUUGCUCCUGGAUGGCUUGAUGGGCCAUAACAUGGUCUGACGAUGGCAGAAUAGCGAUGAUUUCUGCCUGGAAGCCGGAGCCGGCGGCCGAGUAGAACUUGCGAGUUCCCGCCGCAAAGGUCCGUAAUCUUUGCACAAGGCCCUCAUCGUACUCGACUAUCCAAAUCACCUGUGUGGUCUGCGGACCAAUGUAGAAUCGGUGAUCGGCUAGCGCCUUGUCGAAGCCGUUAGUUGGCUCAACCAUGAAGGUACCGUGGUUACAACCACUCACUCACUGACUGCGAAGGCGGUUGAAAGUUUUUGACAUUUUUUUUGCUAAGUUUGCAAAUAUAGUCUAUUUGAGAAUUACUGUUCAUUUCGAACAUAUUGCUGUUAUACCAGCGUUAUUACCUAAAGUUUAUUCCUUCUAUUAAUUGAUUAGUGAUAAUCGAUUCUUAUAUUUUUUAUAUUUUUUUAACUUUAUUUGAUUUCAGCAAGAACUCUACUGUUACAUUAUACCGAACAAGACCGAAGUUGGUUAUGGGAAGAUUAUCGUCGGUGAAGCAAAGAAAACACAAGGAAUCAACAAUGUUCAGUGUAAGUUUAAAAUUAUAAUAGGGUAAAUCAAUAUUUUAGGGGUUUUAACAGAGCAUAGUAUAUGGUUGUUUAGGGCAGGGUAUAAUGAGAUGGGAUAGUGGGUUAAAAUUUAGUUACUGAGUAAUUAAGGCUUAAGCAGAGGAGCUGAAUGUAGGGAAAGAGGAGGGCAUGAUAGGGUAGAGGAUCUGGAAGUAGGAAAUGAGGAAGGUAUGGUAGGGUACGGCAAGGUAAGGCAGGGUGAGGCAGGGGCGUCGCUACGGAUUUUUUCUGGGGGGGGGGUGUGGAGAGAGACCCAGAUGGUCCACAGGUCUAACUGUGGACCGAUUUUUCAAAAAAAAAUUCUUUUCGUUUUUUCGCGUACAGGUAUUGUUUCGGAUCGGCUCUGGGGGGGGGGGGGAUCCACCCCCCCCUCGUUAAGGUAGAUUUAGGGUCGAUUAUUAUGGUAUGAUAGAGUAAGAUAGGGUACGUCAAGGUAGGGUAGAUUAUGUUAUGUUUGUAAAAUACGGACGCAUCAAUUUACGUAAUGUAAUAUAAGAUACCUCUAGUAAGCUAUAUCAACGUAAAUUUUAAAAAUUUUUAUUAAAAAAAUGUUAUUUCAGUUAACGACGUAACGUUCGUGGACGUUCCAGUGAGUCUGGAAGACGUUUGUGGAACGAUGGUGGAAACGCACGAUAUGAUCAAUGAUUAUGCCACAAGUAACAGAGUCAAUCAUGCAGCAGCAGCUAUUGGGUGUGUCAAAAAGGUUAUUGGUAAGUAAAGCUGGGUUUAUUAUGGUACUUUUCGUACUAAACUUGGGCUUGUUGUGUACUUUUGGUACUAAAAUAUUGGUUUUUAUGGUACUUUUUAUACUAAAACUGGGUUUUUAUGGUACUUUUAGCACUCAACUUGGGCUUUUAUGGUACUUUCGGUACUAAAAUAUUGGGUUUUAUGUUACUUGCUUUUCUGAACUUGGGCUUUUAUGGUAUUUUUGGUACUAAACUCAAUUUUUUAUGGUACUUUUUGUACUAAACUUGGGUUUUCGCGGCGCUUUGGGUAUUAAACUUGGGUUUGUAUGGUACUUUCUGUACUAAAGUUGGUACUUUUGGUACGAAAUUUAAAAUAUUGAUUUUUGAAAAAAGUUUUAAAUUCAAAAUUUUUGAAAUUUUAUAAUUAGCUAUGUUGUUUUAGCCAAUCUAGUCGAGUUAUCGCACAAAAAACGCGUUGGCAACAAUUUAUUGGCCAACAACCCGUCGAUCCAAGCCACAAUCAACAAACUGUCGAUGGACCUGUUUCCAUUGGAAACCCUCGUCUAUUAUCUGGCAGGUAUGGCCGACGAAAGUCUGUACAAACUGAAUGACGUGGAGAAUAUGAUUUGUCAAAGAAUGGCGAACAAAGUCCUUCGGCAAGCUAUAUUAACCAUCAGCGAAGUGGCUGGACUCGAGGCAGUCGAUACCGACUUUGGAUACGCCAAACUGAUCAAGGACAUCACAUCUGUCAUGAGCUUGAGUGUGGGUUAAAAAAAGUUUUUAAAAAGUUUUAAUAUAACUAGUACUAGACUUGAAAAACGGUUUACUAGGCUCAGCUUCGGGCUAUGCCAAAGCAAGUUUGAAAGGGAUUGGCACUUGUGAACCGGAGGACCGAGUCCGAAACAAGGCCAAGCUUAGGUCCUGCAACGAAAGAUUUUAACUUUUGAGUAAAAAUGGCAAGAAUUUUCUUUACAAAGCAAGAAUUGGCAAGAACUUUCUUUACAAAGCUUAAAAUGGCAAAGACUCUAAGAAGCGAAAAAUCGGCAAGAACUUUCUUAACAAAGCAAGAAGUGCAAGAAUUUUCUUUACAAAACGUAAAAUGGUAAAAACAUUCUUUACAAAGCAAAAAAGGGCAAGAACUUUCUUUACAAAAUCAAGAAAUGGCAAGAACUUUCUUUCCAAGUCAAAAAAUUGCAAAAACUUUUUUAAAAAAAUAACUUUUUUAUUUUGUUACAGUACUCAGUCAGUUUUAUAUUUGUAAAAAUUACAUUUCAGCUCCCCGAAUUGACAAUAGUCAGAGCGAUCGCCCUCCCUACCAUCGACUCUUAUGUGAUGAACUCAAAGAAGGCUCUGAACAAAAGCAAAUUCGUAACCCUCAAGAAUACGUUAUUCAAUCCAACAGAGAACCAGGACUUCAAAGAUCCCAAAGCCAUCCACUUCUUGGCCGAACGAGCUGAUCCUGAACUUGAGGUAGGGGUGGAAGUUUGGAUUGGAGAUAAGGGGUGGGUAUCGUAGAUUAAGAAAGAAUAGGGUAGGGGACUGUAGGGGUAGGGCAGGUUAGAAACGAAAACAAGGCAGGGUAUGUUAGGGUAGGACAGGACCAAUUUGCUUUGGAAAUAAGGGGUGGGUUAGCUUAAGGUAACAUACGGGGGGACAGGGUAGAGUGGGGUAAAAUAGGGCAUGGAAGAAUAGGUCAGAAUGAAUGAGAGCAGGGCAGGGUAAAAUAUGACAGGAUAGGGUAUGGUAGGGUUGAGUAGGAGAAGGCAAGGUACGGCAGGGCACAGUAUGUUAGGUUAAGGUAGAGUAGGGUGAAAUAAAGCAGGGUACAGUAGGGUAGGGUGAGGUAGGGUAGGGUAGAGUAAGGUAGGUUAGGGUAAGGUAGGGUAGAAUAGGGUAGGGUAGGGUAGAGUAGGGUAGGGUACGGUGGGGUGAGUUAUAGUAGGGGGAGGUAAACAGACAUAAGGUAGAGUAAAGUACCGUAUAACAUUUACUUUUUAAAAUUUCAAAUUCCAGCCCUUCUGCCGCGACCUCGAGCUCUCCACCUACCGUCUGGAGCGUCUCCUCGAAAAGGUCUGCGUAAAGCAUGCGGUCGAACUGAAAACCGACUAUUACACUCAAGUGGCAUUGGCCGACAUCCUUGAAGCCCAGCUUGGCAUGGUGGCAACAAUAGCCCGGGCGACGCGAGCAGCAGCGAUUGGACUGAAAUCUGGGAUCGCGCAACUUGGUUGGACUAUGAAUUAUUGUUAUCAUGCGCAGAGGACGGCUGAAAACAACUGUGAUGUCCUCAGGGAAUGUGGGUUUUGAAUUUUAAAGUUUUUUUGAGAGGGGGGGGGGGUUGAAAAAAUUUUGUAAUUUAAAAUUUUGAAAUUUUUGUAAAAAUAGGUAGUAUUUUUCAUCGCUUUGCAUAAGAAACGAGGAUUUUUUAAAAAGUUCUUAUAUAACAUUUAAAAUGGCAAUUUAAAAACCAUGGUUUUGCACAGAAAGCUAGCACUUCCAUUUUUAGACUAUGAACUGGUGGCUAGUAAUCCAAGCAUUUUGCAACAAGGCAAACUGGUCCUUAAUGCAAAUGGGUACCCAUUGGAAAGCCCGAUUGAAAGAAAUUGGUAA